AUGACCAAGACCAGGACUCACCGUAACUCGACCGCAGAAGUUAGUCAAAUCUGCGAUAAAAACACUGAACUUCCAAUGACCAAGACCAGGACUCACCGUAACUCGACCGCAGAAAACUGGGACAUUGUCAACAAUGCUGAAGACGCAGAAACAGCCUACAACAACUUCAACGAGAUACUCAGCAUUGCCCUAGACAUCGCCUGUCCAAAGAGGAAAAGCAAAACCAGAGUUGGCAGUAAGCCAUCACAUUACUACGACUCAGAGUGUGCAGAGAUGAAAGCCUCCUAUAUACGAGCUCUUAAUAUUUAUGAAACAACAGGAAACACUAGAGACAAAGAAGAAAUGUGUGGUGUUUUUUACAGAUUUGCUGUGGCCGGUUCGGCUUACCGUUGGCUGAGGGAUUGCAACCAGGACCAGUGCGUAGUAGUGUCUGGAGAGAGUGGGUCCGGGAAAACAGAGGCAGCCAGGAUGGUCCUUCACUUCAUCACUGUUACUCCGGUAACCCUCCUCGCUGACGACGUUAUCAGAGAGCGACUGCUGCAGUCUGCCCCUCUUCUUGAAGCUUUUGGAAAUGCCAAAACUUAUAGAAAUGACAACUCUUCAAGAUUUGGCAAGUACAUGGAUAUUGAGUUUGAUUACAAAGGAGACCCUUUAGGAGGAACCAUUACAAAUUGUAAGUUUAGUUUUUACUAUUUAAUUUUAAAUCCACAGUUGAUUCAGAAGCAAAGAUAUGCCUUUUUAACUGUGUUAGGAUCAGCUGAUAUUAUGUCACUCUUAAAAUUCUGUCUGUCCUCAGAAUUGUACGAAGUGUGUGAUCUGCUUGAGACGGAACCCUCGUGUCUACAAACCGCUGUGACAUCACGUGCCCUCCAGGUCACGGACUCGAGUGACCCUCCCCUAGUCACGGAGCUGUCGGCUAGUGAGGCCACUCAUGCUAGAGACGCUCUCUGCAAAGCGUUGUACAGCCGUUUGUUCACUUGGCUCGUCAACAGGAUCAAUGAAGCUAUAAAGGUAAGAAGAUACGGGAAGAGAAGAGUGCUAGGGAUACUGGAUGUCUAUGGGUUUGAGAUGUUGGAAAAGAAUGGGUUUGAACAGUUUGUUAUCAACUUCUGCAAUGAGAAGCUCCACCAAGUGAUAACAGAGGCGACUCUGAAGCAGGAACAGGAAGAGUACCAGCGAGAAGAUAUCACUUGGACACCUGUGGACUUUUUUAACAACUCCAAUGUCUGCCACCUGAUUGAGAAGAACAAUCAUGGGAUUCUAUCUAUCCUGGAUGAGGAGAGUGGAAAGCUAGCUGUCUCAGACGAGGUGUUCUUGUCACGUGUCACAGCUCUGUGUGGUCACAGUCACACCACGCCAGAGCGUCGCAACCGUCACACUCCCUCUGCUGACAACAGUCUUCCCCCUAAUUGUUUCAGGUUAAGGCAUUUUGCAGGCACAGUCACGUACAAUGUGACAGGAUUCAUUGAGAAGAACAAUGAUUUUCUGCCAAGAGACAUCUCCAUGGCAAUGUACAGAUGUCAGCAUCCCUUGCUCAAAACUCUCUUCCCAGAAGGUAACCCAAAGAGGGCUUGUGUGAAAAGACCAGUAACAACAGGGACACAGUUCAAGAUUGCUAUUCAAGGUCUGAUUCGCAAUCUGACCACCAAGCAACCACACUACGUCCGCUGUAUCAAACCCAAUGAGCUCAAGCAACCGAGGAUAUUUGAGAUGGCUUUGGUCCAACAUCAGGUUAGAUACUUGGGGCUCCUGGAAACAGUGAGAGUGCGUCGGUGUGGUUUCUGUUUCCGCUUGUCUUAUUCUCAGUUCCUGGCCCGCUACAAGAUGCUCUCACUGCAGACUUGGCCCUGUUGGCUCGGCACUGCAGUCGAGGGUGUUAGCUAUCUGCUGCGAGAUCUUCCCAUCCCCCCUGCCGAGUUUGCCUUUGGAAGGACCAAGAUAUUUGUUAGGAGUCCUAGAUCGGUUUUCGAAUUAGAAGAAUUUAGAAGAGAAAGACUAGAAGACUUAGCAACUCUUAUACAAAAGAUUUGGAGAGGUUAUAGGCAAAGAAAGGAUUUUUUAAGAAGGAGAAGAAGCCAAAUUAUCAUUGCAGCUGCCUGGAGGAGCUGGAGAGUAAGGCAACCUAGUUUGUUUACUUUUUAUUUUUAAUGUGCAACACAUCUGAAUUUUGUUCGCACUUUUUGAUACAAACUCACAUUGCACUUCUUGCCAUUUUAAUUUGCAAUAAUAGUAAAUGCAGUUUUGCUUUGCUUUUGACACCCAUAGACUAAUUCACAGAUUAUGUUACAAAUUUUGUUUUUAAAUAAAUUUUUGUCACUUUUUAAAACUAAUAAUUUAUGAUUUCAAUUUGUGAACGGUAUUCCUGAUAGAUUGUGUAUGUGGAUCCAGAAUUGAUUGAUUGUGAAAUGAAUCGCUCCCUUAAGGAAGGGGGAUUUUUUCCAAUUUUAGCCUGAACACAAUUCUUAGUUCAGAAAUAGCUCCACCGUACUUUAAUGUAAUGUACUCACUGUCACUUCCACUCAACUCUACCUGAGACAAAAAAAUAUCGUUAG